AUGAAAGCAUUGGCCACAUAUGCUUUGUUCUGGAUAAUGUGGUUCAACAACCACAUUUGCUUAAAAAGUGAGGAGCGCAACUUCAGAAUAAAGUUAGAUGAGUUUUCAGUGAAAUAUAAACUUCGCGAUUUGAUCGAGAAUAUUGAUUUCCGCAUCGUUCAUCUUAACAAUCGGAGAUAUGUUGAUGGUGAGAUGAUGCUGAAGUCUGAUGUGAAGGAUAUACUAAUGCACACAGCUAUGGAUUUUUGGAAGUCAAGCAAUAAAAAGAAACUCAAAUUAUAUGAUGUUCGCUUGGAUGCAUGUCAGUUCCUGAGGACAGCCCAUAAGAAUGGAUUGUUCAAUAUUUACGUAAAAAGCUUCAGAAAACACACAAAUGCUAACCUUGCGUGUCCCUUAAAAAUGAAUUAUAGCUAUACCUUGAGAAACUGGCAUAUGGAUGAAAAGGAUCUUCCUCCGUUUGUUCCUUUUGGUACAUUUCGCACUAUUACCGAGUAUUUUACCCAAGAGCAAUUAGCAGUACGGAUUGUGUCGCAAGGAAAAGUAAUUGCCAAUAAGUAG